AUGUUGUCGUUCCUUCCAGGCAACCACUAUGGCUUAGGAGCUCGCCGCAAAAUUGAACAGAAAAACUCCUGCACGGUAUUUGGGGUCCUAGCGGACAACUGCAAGGUUCUGGAUCUUCCCGAGCUGCAAGAUGAUCCCGUCGCCGUUUGGCCCAACGACAAGAUCCAGACCAUCCUCGCCGAUCAUGUCAGUAAGUGGCACAUCGAUACGAUCAUAACGUUCGAUGAAAGAGGCGUCAGCGGGCACAAAAAUCACAUUGCAGCAAGCGAUGCAGUCGUAUCAUAUGUCCAGCACCACCACUCAAAUGCCCUCACGGCAUACACCCUGACCACGACCUCUAUCCCACGCAAGUACGCCUCGUUGUUCGAUCUCCCACUCACACUGCUCAUCCACGUCUGGCGUCGUACCUUCGGCGCAAUUACCUCCAACACAGGACCGCCAGUCUUCGAGGUGAACAGCCUCUCCAUGUGGUGGCACGGGGUACGAGCAUUUCAGCAGCAUGAAACCCAGAACAGCUGGGAUCGGAAGCUGUAUGCCGUGGUGAGCAGGUAUAUGUGGUUCAAUGAUUUGACGGAGGUUGAGCGGCGGGGCGGGCUGGAGGACGAUUGA